GGUGUUCCGACGCUUUGAGGGCAGAUGGAUGGUGUGCGGAGGACCGACGUUGAAGGGCGAUGGUGAGGCCGAGGCGUUGAUUCAUCUCUUUUGUGUUUCUCAGCUCAUCCAGCUGCUGGCAGCGCUGUAGGAUGGCGAAAGAGUCUUCAGCAUGGCGCGGCUAUCUAACAAUCGCCUCAAUAGCAGUGGCGUCGCGCGUGGCGACAGUCAUUUGGACGGCUUUGGCUCACCACUUCAUCAGCGACUAUGACACGGCCACCGAGCUGAUGUUCGGAGAGCAUCCGCCGUCCGCUGGCAUCGCCGGCCGCCUGUUGGACACCUUUGUCUUGCCGCUGGUCCGAUGGGACGCCCUGUUCUUCCUCUCUAUCGCGUCUGACGGCUACCUGUAUGAGCACCACCACGCCUUCUUCCCCGGACUGCCUUUGCUGAUGCGGACACUCUCUCUCCCAUUGCUGCCGUCAUCAACGACGUCGGCACGCCGGCUCAUUGCCGUGGUUGGCGUCAUCCUGUCGAACGGGUGCUUUGUAAGCGCUGCUGUGGGACUGCUCCACCUGGCGAGGCAACUCGCGAAUGACGGGCGGACAGCAUUCUUCGCCGCGGCGCUGUUCUGCCUGCCUGCGAGCAGCGUGUUCAUGUCAUCUCUUUAUACGGAGAGCGCCUUCUGCUGCUGUGCCUUCUGGGGACUGGCCUUGCUGUAUCGGCGUCGCGUGACGGGCUCGUCAACGUGGCUGGGUGUUCUUCUGUUGUCGGCGGCGGCCUCGCUGCGGUCGAAUGGGGUGCUGAUGCUCAUCCCACUGCUAUUCUUCAACGUGCGCACGAGUCCACCGGUGGUCCCUAUGUGUCGUGGUUGGGAUUGGCGGCCUUUGAUCUGCUUCAUCGGCCACUGGUUGCGGGCAUCCCUGCAUGCAUUUAUCAUUGUGCUGCCGACCGCCUUGACGCUCGUGUACGGCUUCAGUGUCCAUUGCCGAGGCUGUGCUUUCCAGCAAGACAGCUGGCAAUCAUUCGUGUUGCGCCGAGCGGAUGACAUCAGUGGCAUGAUCUUCCCCUCUUCUGUCCACGGCCAUGGUCACCAUUAUCACUGUCGCCCCUGGUGCGUGCAAGUGGUUCCGAGCAUCUAUGGGUUUGUGCAGCGGCAGUACUGGGGCGUCGGGCCCUUCCUCUACUUCCAGCUCAAGCAGCUGCCCAACUUCCUGCUGGCCUUGCCGUGCCUCCUGAUGGUCACAUGGGCUCAAGGCGACACAUGGAAGAGGACAAUCGCAGCAGCAGCAGGGAAUGGUCAUCAUAGUACUACAGUGGAUUGGCGGCUGGUGGGUGAGGCGGUGCAGCUGGCGGUGCUGGCCACCUUCACUGUCACGUGCGCCAAUGUACAGGUCUUGACGCGUUUAGUUUCAUCGAGUCCCCUCUUGUGGCUGCACCAGGGGAGGUUGCUCGCUGACAGUGAUGUGACCAUGGGGCGGCGGGGCAAGUGGAUGGCGUCUGUGUGGGUGGGCUGGUCGUGCGUGUACUUCUUUGUCGGACCUCUCAUGUUUGGCAACUUCCUGCCUUGGACGUAAGUGAAUGGCAGAAUCGGCCGAGGUCGAUGCCAUGCAUAGAAUGGCAUUCAGGACACACGUGUAUGUAUUAACGUCCGUACCCCCUAGGUCCUUGCUUCUCACGCCACAGACGUCAUGGCCGACUGAAUGAUGCAUCCAAACAGACAGC